CAGCCUACCAGUUGCCCGCCCGCCUCUUCAGAAGGUCGCCCACCGUUUUUGUUACAACUCUCUGUCGAAUCACAGCGUCAUUUGGCUUGUGAAAUUGAACAAGUUGCUAAAUUCCGGCAACAUCAAGAUCGUUUUAAAAAAGAGCAACUCAAGAUGACGAUUUUAUAAAAUCAUAUUUCAUGCUCAUUUGUUGUUUUUACAUUGUCAACCUUUUCAUCUUCGUUCCCUUUUAUAUUGACAACAUUGAAUUGUUGAAUUGUACGGGACGAUUACCUAGUAGCAGGGUUUCUCCAUUCUCCAUUCUUAAGCUACUAGCUGGAGUUCUCAACUGUUAAUCUGUUAGCACUCAAAAACGUGGCCUCCGCCAAAAUCCAUCAUCCCUCCAGCCCACCAGCCCUCCUAUCGAAUCGUGGCCACAAGCCCUACAGUCGGUAACCUAGCAACCGGCAACCACCACCACCACGUUCCACCUCCUUAACCAACUAGACUUGCAGCUUUACAAUCUUCUCUUCGACCAUAUCACGUCAGAUCUAGUGCGCACCGAAUUACUACGACCGAAAGAAAAGAAUUGAUUAGUACAUAAAAGACAUACGAAAGACAAGGCGAGAGAUUCAACAUAGGCCACAUAGUAGGUCAGGAUAAUAUAAUUGACCGCUUGCGCCAAGAUGGCUGCUCCCAACGAUGGCUAUGGCCAAUAUCCUCCCCAGCAGUAUGGUCAGGAGGCGCCAUACACCGAUGAACCACAAGGUGCCGCCUACGAAGGACAGACCACAUCGCCUCCUCCCCAACAAGCCGCAGCACACCACAAGAAGAAGAGAGGCUAUGCCACUCAAGCAUUUGAGUUUGGAGCCGGCGCAAAUGCCGGCGCUACCGGCCCAACCCCUGGCGGUAUGCCGCCGCCCACCUUUGGAGCUCCCGGUCAAGCACCGCAGCCUUCACCGGGCUACGGCGCCUAUCCUGGUCAAGAAUAUCAGCAGGGCGGAUAUCCCUCCCCCGGGGUGCCGUCGCCGUACGGUGCUCCCCAGCAACCAGGCACUCCUGCCCAGCCGGGAGUGGGUUAUCAAGCCCCCGAUCCUUACCAUCAGCCGGCAACUGGAUAUCCAGCCCCAGGUGUCGCUGGUAUAACCCAAGGAAUGGCUGGUAUGAACAUGGGGGCAGCACCUCAGCCCGGCGUUCAACAACCUGGCCAGCAAGCUCGGCUCACCUUGAAUCAACUGUAUCCUACCGACCUCCUAAACCAGCCUUUCAACGUCUCGGAGCUCGAUUUACCACCCCCUCCUUGCAUCUUACCUCCAAAUGCUAGCGUUACUCAGUCACCCGAUGCAAACUGCCCUCCUAAAUAUAUCCGAUCCACUUUGAAUGCGGUUCCGACUACGCAUUCUCUGCUGAAGAAGUCCAAGUUACCAUUUGCUCUCAUCAUCCAGCCGUAUGCCGCCCUUCACGACAUCGAUGAUCCCGUUCCAGUUGUGCAAGAUCAGGUUAUUGCCCGAUGCCGACGAUGUAGGACAUAUAUCAACCCUUACGUGAUCUUCCUUGAUCAAGGUCACAGGUGGAGGUGUAAUAUGUGUAAUCUUACGAACGAUGUGCCGCAAGCUUUCGAUUGGGAUGCUGCUGCCCAGAAGAGCGUGAACAGGUGGGAUAGACACGAGUUGAACCACGCCGUGGUCGAGUUCGUCGCGCCUCAGGAGUAUAUGGUCCGUCCUCCGCAGCCGCUCGUGUAUCUGUUCCUUUUCGACGUCAGCUAUGCUGCCGUCUCUACCGGACUCCUUGCCACGAGCGCGCGAACCAUUCUAGAUAGUCUUAACCGGAUACCUAAUGCCGAUCGGCGGACUCGAUUAGGAUUUAUCGCGGUCGACUCGAGUUUGCACUAUUUUUCCAUUCCUAAAGACGACGAAGAAAAUGCAGAGACGACUAUGCUGGUGAUAAGUGAUCUGGAUGAGCCGUUCCUGCCCGUCCCCCAAGACCUUCUAGUCCCCCUGAUAGAAAGUCGAAACAGCAUCGAAAACUUCUUGGCGAAGCUACCUGAUAUGUUCCAAAACAACCAGAGCAAUGGCUCGUGUAUGGGAUCAGCCUUGAGAGCCGGCCACAAACUUAUCUCGCCAUUGGGCGGUAAGAUUGUGGUUCUUAGUGCUUCACUGCCGAACUUGGGAGUUGGAAAGUUGGAGAUGCGCGAGGAUAAAAAGCUUCUUGGGACGUCCAAAGAGAGUGGUCUUCUUCAAACUGCCAACAGUUUCUACAAAUCAUUUGCCGUCGAGUGCUCCAAAAAUCAGGUCUCUAUCGACAUGUUCCUCUUUUCUUCGCAAUACCAGGAUGUAGCCUCGCUGAGUAACCUUCCUCGAUACACCGGUGGUCAGACUUGGUUCUACCCUGGAUGGAAUGCUGGUCGUGCCGAGGAUGCUGUCAAGUUUGCUUCGGAGUUUAGCGAUUUCCUAUCUUCGGAGAUUGGUCUGGAAGCAGUGCUCAGGGUACGAGCUACAACCGGCUUGCGUAUGAGCACAUUCUACGGAAACUUCUUUAAUAGAUCUUCGGAUCUAUGUGCCUUCCCAGCAUUUCCCCGCGACCAGUGCUACGUGGUCGAGGUGGCUAUUGACGAGACUUUACAGAAGAACUAUGUUUGCCUGCAAGCUGGUGUCUUGUACACCACCUGUAACGGUGAACGACGCAUCCGCGUCAUGACGCUCGCCAUUCCCACCACAACUAAUCUUGCAGACGUGUACGCCUCAGCGGACCAGUGCGCUAUUACGACUUACUUCACUCACAAGGCUGUUGAAAGAGCACUAAGCAGCGGUUUAGAUGCUGCCCGUGACGCUCUUCAGAGCAAGCUUAUAGAGCUACUCCAGACUUUCAAGAAGGAGCUCGGUGGAGGAAGCAUGGGAGGUGGCGGGCUACAAUUCCCUGCGAACUUACGCGGCCUCCCCGUACUCUUCCUGGGCUUGAUCAAGCAUGUCGGUCUUCGGAAAUCCGCACAGAUCCCGUCCGAUCUCAGGUCCGCAGCACUAUGCCAGCUUUCUACGUUACCUCUACCGCUUCUGAUGCAGUAUAUUUACCCUCACCUAUACUCGCUUCACGACAUGCCCGACAACGCCGGAGUCCCCGAUCCAGAGACGAGCCAAAUUGUUCUUCCGCCGCCACUAAACUUAUCAUCGGAGAGAUUCGUCUCAUACGGUCUAUACUUAAUCGACGAUGGUACGACGCAAUUUUUGUGGAUUGGCAGGGACGCCGUGCCGCAACUCUUGAUGGACGUUUUCGGUGUAGGAGAUCGCACGCAGUUACGCGUUGGCAAGGGGUCGAUUCCGGAGUUAGACAACGACUUCAAUGAACGGAUACGGGCCAUUAUUCAGAAGAGCCGGGACCACCUAUCACGUGGGGUUGGCAGCAUUGUUGUGCCGCAUCUAUACAUCGUGCGGGAAGAUGGCGAGCCAAGCUUGAAACUCUGGGCUCAGACUCUGCUCGUCGAAGACCGGGCUGACCAAGGAAUGAGCUUCGGUCAGUGGAUGGGGAAUAUGAGAGAAAAGGUUGUGCAGUAGGUGGAGGCCGGAGCGACACUUGUAUAGAGGGAUAGAUAUUUGCUACCAGAACCAAAAACAAGGAAAUGUUAAAGUAAAAUGAGCGAACCCCUAUCCAGUCUUGAAACUUGGAAUGAACCCGAAACUGAAAUAUGCUAUGUUAUGACAAAACUAGCUAGCUAGCGCUGAACGGUGUAGUCUGCUGCCUAUAGGAAGGUAGGGAAUAUGGAGGCCUGUAAGCAAGUAUUUAUUAAUAAGGCCGAAAAAUAGUUUUAUGCUGGCGAAAACGAUUGAUGUUCUUGCUCUCGCUCGGAAGACUGUAUAGCCAGCAUUUGAAUAUAUGAAUGAAUAGGCUGGAGAAUAUGGUUAUGUUAUGUAUACACUUUUAUGCCUGUCUAGUCUUUGGCCUCGAUGAUCAUAGCCAGAAUACGAGAUAGGAAUAUUCUUAGUCUUAUUUCGUGGGCAAAAUUCAAUUACAC